CACCCCGCGCCCAUGUUCCCCCGUCUGCAGGACUGACGGACUCCAUCAGCUCGUGCCACUUCCUGCUCCCACCAUGGGACCCCCGGGGAGCAUGCUGAGCAGCGGGCAAGUGCAGGUGGUCCUGUGGGGCAGUUUGGCCGCUGUCGCCACUUUCUUCCUCAUCAGCUUCCUCGUUUUUCUGUGCUCCAGUUGUGACAGAGAGAAGAAGCCGAGGCAGCAGAGUGGGGACCAUGAGAACCUGAUGACCGUGCCUUCCGACAAGGAGAUGUUCAGCCAUUCGGUAACUAGCCUGGCCACAGACGCGCCUGCCGGCAGCGAGCACAACGGGAUCCUCACCAAUGGCGACGUUCUUUCAGAAGACAGUACUCUGACCUCCAUGCAACAUUAUGAGGAGGUCCAGACCUCAGCUUCGGAUCUGCUGGACUCCCAGGACAGCACGGGGAAGCCAAAAUGUCAUCAGAGCCGGGAACUGCCCAGAAUUCCCCCUGACAGCGCAGUGGACACGAUGCUCAAUGCGAGGAGCGUGGACGGGGUCCAGGGCCUAGGGACGGAAGGGCCGUAUGAAGUGCUCAAGGAUAGUUCCUCCCAAGAAAAUAUGGUGGAGGACUGCUUGUAUGAAACUGUGAAAGAAAUUAGGGAGGUGGCAGCAGCCGUGAACCCAGGGAAGGGCCACAGCAGCAGGUCAAAGUCGACUUCCGCUCUGAAAGAGCUUCCUGGGCCCCAAGCCCCCGAAGCGGACUUCGCUGAAUAUGCAUCAGUGGACAGAAACAAAAAGUGUCGACAGAGCGUUAACGCAGAGACUGUUCUUGGAAAUUCUUGCGAUCUGGAAGAGGAAGCCCCACCACCUGUCCCCGUUAAACUUCUGGAUGAAAAUGAAAACCUUCAGGAGAAGGAAGAGAGCAAGAGAGCAGAGGAAGGAGCCACAGAGGGGACCAGCGAAACCAACAAGAGAUUUAGUUCAUUGUCGUACAAGUCCCGGGAAGAGGACCCAACUCUCACAGAAGAAGAGAUCUCAGCCAUGUAUUCAUCAGUAAAUAAACCUGGACAGUCAGGGAGUAAAUCAGGACAGUCUCUUAAAGCACCGGAGUCCAGCUACACCUCCAUCCAAAGAGCCACUCAGAGAUCCCCCUCUUCCUGUAAUGAUCUCUACGCUACUGUUAAAGACUUGGAGAAAACUCCAAACAGCGUCAGCACACUUCCACCAGCAGUAAGACCCAGUGAGGAGCCCGAGCCUGAUUACGAAGCAAUACAAACUCUAAACAGAGAGGAAGAUAAGGCCACCCCAGAGACCAACGGCCAACGUGGCCUUUUCCCAAAAGAGAAUGACUAUGAGAGCAUUGGGGACUUGCAGCAAUGCAGAGAUAUCACCAGGCUCUAGCAACCCAGAAGACAGGCCCACACAACAUACGAUCGGCCGGUUGGGGGGCAUUUCUUCUGUGGAAGACAAGAAGCGACAUCAACCCCUACUUUAUAUGCUGCUCUAGUAAUCCGACGACAAUUGAAGAUGUGGAGACUGUUUCCCGGGGUUGGAAACAGUGAGGUACGUACCUGACUGCACCCAAGUGUGCCCCUGCGUGCCGGGGGGCACUGCACACCCAAGCACAUCUCCCUUGUGCACCCUCACCCUCUGGAAAGAUCUCAGCUGUCCGUGGUUUCACCCUGUGAGUAAGGAAAGUCGAGCUGCAAGGAAGAACCGCAUUCAUCAAGAACCACGACUCCACCUGCCUAACAUACUGCCAUUCACAAGAGCCAGGUUUUUCUGCCUUUCUUCCCUUUUUUUUUUUUUUCUAUCUGCUCCUCACAUUUAAAUGUACGGCUUUCUUCCCCCUUGAAAUCUUCCGACUUCUAAUGGUUCAUUCCAAGAAAAUUCCCCCACAAGGCUUGGCCUUUGCCUUCAACUUCGGUGUUUUAAGAUGGUAAGAAACUGUGGUUGCUGGUCACUGGCAGCUCCCCAAUCCUCUUCUAAGAGCCGCACCUGGGAAAAAAAAGGACCCUGCAGGUGGGCAGGACUGGGACUGCCCCCCGCCGCCCCCAAGCUUCUUAGACCUUCCUUCCUCCUGAUUUGGGCACUCCACAUCAGCAGCCUCUCCCAAAGUACUUGAAGUCAUUUUUAGAUGCUUUAUUUUAUUUUUCUAGUCAAAGCGGUUCCCUCCCCACACGCCUCCCCCCCAGUAUGUGAAACUCUUCAGAGCCUUUUCAGUAUUUUCAAUGAAUAUUGUGGUACUUCUAUACUUGUUUUAGCCCAGAGUUCAUUCCUCUGAAACAGCCUUAAUCUCUAUGUUGGGACACAGACCACAUAUUUGGACGGCAGCCAUGGCGUCCGUCUCUGAAGGGCUGUGGACUUGAAUGUGUAUUUCUGAUGACCCCUGCUGCCACACCAACGUGUGAGAUUUCCUAAGGGAACUGCUACCCUAAGGUAAUCUAAAAUUAAAAUGUAAACAUUUAUUUUUGUUAUAUAAAUUUAUAAGAUGUUUUAGGUUUAACGCCUAAUUUCUAGAAACUGCCAGAAAAAAAUGUAUAUUAACUAUUUUGAUUUUAUGUACAAUGAUUUAUACUCAUUUUGAAAAAAAAAACCAUAAAGCACAUAAGCUAGGUAAUUACACGUAGUUGUUGUCUGUUUUCUAAUCAAGUGUUUAAAAUAUUGAAGGUUUUUAAAGGCUUUUCAAAUGGUACUUGGAGCCGUGGUCAAAGUCAUCUGGCUCACUAGAGAAAUAAGUGGAAUGAACAUAAAUGAUCAUUUUCAGUGAUUUGAGGUGGGCUAUACUGAAAUAUUUGAAAUGGUAAAAAAAAAAAAAUGAAGAAUGAAAUAGGACUAGGGAUGACUGCAUUAUUAACCUCAUGAAGGUAUUAUAACUCCAUUAAGAUUUAGCUACAUUUUUAAGAAAAUUUACAGUGGUGGAUUCUGCAAUCCAGUGCUUGCAAAUGCAAAUUGCCUAUUGGGAUUCUUUUUUCCCUUCAUUUUACAAAAAUCAGUGGCUGAAAUAACUCCUAUUAAGAGCUCAGCCUGGUUUGAAUUUAAUCAUCUCUUUAAAUUUUAUAAGGCCGACAUUGGGAAACUUGUUCACUUUUCGUCUGAAAAGGGCCCUGCUAUUAUGCGGUGUGGCUAUAGCAAGGGACCCUUGCCUACACUGAUUUAAAAAAAAAAAAGAGGCAAUUAUCGUGUACUGCUGUGCCGUCUCUGGCUUGUCAGACUUUUCACUCCUUCUGACAAAGGACGCGACCGGGAGGACGAAGGAUCCUGCAAAUGGUAGGGACCAGCUCAUGGGCAUGCCUUUCCCACCCCUCGCAUUCGUGGCUGGGUUUUGUGACUGCUCCGUAAUACAUUUCUGCAAUUGUGAAGUCAGCUUUGCCGGGGUAAGCUGCUUGGUGGUCAGUAGUUUGCAGUCAGCCUGGCCUCUCCCAUGAAGACCUCAUGAGCCUAAGCACAAUCAUCACUGACUAGAAGGAGAUGGCAGAAUACCGUUGGGUUGGGGGAAAGGUUACCAGGAAGGUGCCAAGGUCCUUGCUCUCUGAAUUUGUAUCUUUCGUGAGCACUGUUUUUGCCUGGUGAUUUUCUUUGCUUACUUAGUAUGAAUGAGUUUGACCCACCAAUCUCUUACACCAUGGGGUUUCUUUAGCUCCUGCUGAUGGCCAGGUCACAUCGCAUACCUAGUGUUGUGCUUGCUGCAAUAAUGUCCUUUAUGAGCACCUGACCGCUCAAAAGUCUUACUGUCUUCCAUAAUGUCUUUACUUAUUGCCAGGGAAGUGAAUAUGAUCUCUAAAGUGUAAAAUCAUUUCUAGAGACAAAAGUUCUUUAUAGUCCUAUCAUCUUGAAAUUUCAUUAUCAGAAUUUCCCCCAGAAGUUCCGAAAUAAAGGCUAUUAUAUAGCCAUAAAAUAUGCACUGAAACCUCUCUCUUGAUUUGAGAAUCUGUGCUAAGAAUAAGUUGCGAUUUAAAGGAUUGUAAGUAUAUUUUAGAAGAAACUAGAAGGCCCUCCAGUACAAAUCCUAAAAGAAAAAGUAAUAGCACAAUCCCUGAGGGUUAAGGGAGAGAGAAGCAGAGUAAACUUGAGGAGCUGGCUCUGCUCUUGAGAUCAUUAGGUACCUUAUGGAAGUAUAUUUACUGAUGCAUCAUCAUGGUUUUGACCUUAUAGUACAGUAUUUCAUAAAUGUCAUCACUUUUUACUUUAUUCAUUGAAAAUCUGUGCUAGUCUUUGAGUUGGACAAAAGCCUAUGGCUUCUUGAAAAAAGUUUCAAGUUCAGCUAAAUGCACAAAAGGUAAUUAUAAAAAAUUUUUUACUAUUCAACUUUGACAUCUAUUAUUAUGCAUUUUUAUCAUUUAGGUUAUGUGGAAUCUCACAAUUAAAAUAAGCUUUUGGAAAUUUUUUUGUUUUAUAAGUCAGAAUUAUAAACUCAUCUUGCCUAAAAGUAGAAUCUUUGCUUUUAGUCAGAUAUUUUGAAAGUUUAGAAGAUUUUUUUAUGCUGCUUUUACUGUUUCUCAAAUGCAGUCAGCAGGAGAGAAUGACCUGUUUUAUGUGAAAUGUUUGAGGAAAUCUUAAAUUCUAGAAGAAAGCAAUUUUUUAUAAUAUGUGGGCCACAUACAUUUUUUUUCCAGUCCUGCACUAAACUGCAUCAUUAGGUCUACUAAAGAUUUUGAAAGUACUGCUGUCCUUUGUGGGGAAAAGACUAAUUACUGAUUUAUCUGAUUUAUCUCAAAAUCCAAGAGUUAAUUUUAAUUGAGUGCUAACAAUAGGUAGUCCACAUAAAGAACUAAAAUUUAACCUCAGGAUGUCACUAGAUCUAUUUCUCAUAUUAGAUUUCCUUUUGCCAAUUAGAGCAUUUAUUUACUUUAACCAGUAACAAACUGUGCAUGUGUGUGUAUGUAUACUAUACAUAUAUAUUUACAUAAGCACACAUAGACAUAUCUAAAGUUGUUCUGGUGCCUGAUUAGUGAGGAUACAUCCUAGUAUGUAUUUGCAAUGUCUACCCUAUUAGUGUGAUGACUAUUGUCAUAAAAGCAGAAUAGAAAAAAAGCUAUCCAAUAGUUUUCAUUUAGUAAUUACAAGAAAACCUUCCUAAGUUACCUCAUAUCAUUUUUCUAAUAAAUUCAGAUUCUAAAUUGCAUCCAUAAUUCUCUUAGCUGAAAAACAGUGGUAUUUUAAAGUAGUUUUUUCAUAUGUGUGGCUCAUUACAUAUUCAACAUGACAGGAGGAAAUGUAAAUAGGUGUCCUUCUCAGAGAUCAUGUCAAGAAGAGAUCCGGCAGAAAGCACCAAGAGCCACGUGAGCCAGGAUGGAGCCCCAGCAAGGUGACCCCCCACCGGGUGGCAGAAGCAGAGGUCUGUUAUCACUCGGUUGCAUUGUCUUUCCUUCUCUUUGGAAGCCACGAGAGUUUAGCGCAGAGCCAGCAAGCAAUGAGGUAGUAUGACGGACGGAACAUGGCUCGGAGGUGGGGACGUGGAUAAUCACGGAGCCGCAGCUCAGGACUCAAGUAGGAUUUUGUAAAUGAGUAAAUGACAUUUUUUUUCAGUGUUCCUUGUACUAGUUAAUAUGAGUCCGUGUGAUCUAGUGAUGCCAUUCUUCUGAAAGUGUUGGCUUCUGGUCCCCAGCCAGCUUCGUCUGGGCUGCUGGAGGCACAGUAGGUACUGAUGGUUCUUUCCUGGAAAUCCUGACAGGCUUAUUGUACUGUGUCACUGGGGGAAGUUAAAGUGUAAUGUUUGGUGUUAAUAAGUGACUGAUGUGAAAAAUAGGAACAUGUGUCUAUAAUAUCAAAUAUGGCUUUUUUUUUUUUUUGGCAGUGAAAUCUAUAUUCCUUGUCCUGUGGUAGUCUUUUCUUGCCUCUGUGUUGUACCUUUCUUAAGUACAUUAUUCUUGACAGUGGCAUUGGACAAGUUGAACACACAUAGAAAGUGUUUGAAUUAAAGAGAUCAGUCCAGAAACCAUGCUAAAUUAGUCUUCAUCUGAAAUUAUGAAAGUAAAUUUAAAAAGCCGUGGUCCAGAAGAGAACAGAUAUUCAUUCAUAAGUGUUUUUUUCCCUACUGUUCAUUUUUAAGUCUGUUUACAUCCAGUCUCUGAUAUUUAUAAAGUAUUCAUUGUUUUUCCAGGUUCUUCUUUAUUGAACUAAGAAAUAAUUCAGAUUUCUCUUAAUGCCAGAUGAAAUGAGAAAUGUUACAAUUUUUAUUAAAAGGGCAAUUUUUUAAGCAUUCAGUUUGGUAAUCAUUUAUCUUGAUGCAUUUAAAUUAAUUUUUCUUUGCUCACCAUUUAUAUGCUAUGGGUAUUUUUAAAAAAUGUACUCUGGUUGUCUCAGAUCACCUUAUGUAAUGGAUUAUAAAGGCUGGUAAAUGGUCAUUCCUCAGACUUCUGUGUUAGAUUGGCAACAGUUUUAAUGUUACCUUUUAAAUAUGUAUUAUUAAUGCACCUCAUGUUUUCAGGGAAAGUUUGAAAUAUAGCUAAACAAAUAGGAAUUUGCAUUUCAUUGUUCAUGCAUUUUUUCCUCAUAAAAAUAGUUUCUCAAAAAAAUGACCUAUUAUCUCUUAGGUUGUCCUGAUCAGCUUCAAAGUGCUCCUCUUGCUCAAAAAUAAUCCAUGACAGUAGCAUUUGGACUCAUUGUCUCCGGAGGUCUUUGUCACGGUCAAACUGUCCAAUUCACAAAAGAGUGGUAAAAUUGUUUCCAGUACUCGGAAUUUUUAACCUUCAUUUUAAGUCUGAAAAUCUCUCUUAUUGGCUUCAACAUCUUGGAACGUUUUCCCCUGCCUUACUCUGGGCCUUUUAGGGAGCAAGUCUGCAACACGGGGACGUGAAGCUACUCUUUCUCCCCAUCUCACUUCGGUUCCUGCUGCGACUUUGCACAGCACCCCCCUGCUCCUCUUCCCCACCCAGCCGCUCUGCUGUUCGUGGCACAUUCCCACACAUCUUUUCCGAUGUGGACACAACCCACACAGAUCACACAUCCUGCCUGCGAUCACAGAUCCAUUCCCCGCCAUCACCCAGUGAGCAGACAGCUCUGCCCAACUCACAUUUUCCCGUGUCACAGGCUGCUGAGACAAGGCCACAGGCCCACCUAGGGAAGCAGAUGCUGGGUUAUUUGCACGGGCUUUGCUAAACCAUGUUCAUUCUUCCCCACCUCCGUCAUGAGAAUGGUUGGCACUAGGGGGCCGUGGAAGAGAACUUUAAGUUCUGUUGCAAGGACUCAAACUCACAGUUGGAAUGUCUGGUUUGGUUUUGUUAACAAGUUGGAAACUAUCAGUUUAAAACAAACUUUCUUUUUCCCUUCUUAAACUGAAGGAGAAAAAAAAAUUAAUCUUAGAUCCCAUUUAGGUAGUAAAGGCUUCCUUGAAAGACAGCCCUGUCCUUCUAUAGGUGAAGAGGCUAAAACCAAAAGCCAAGUCUGUCUCUGAAUAUUCCUUUGACACAUUUUUAUGUAUUUUUAAUGUAAAGCCCAUAAAUGAAUCUGAGAUGAUGUUCAUGACCUAUCCUGUAAGCCUGCUUGCCUUUUUUUUUUUUGCACUUAUUUUUUGAGUAUAGGCUUUUCUUGUUUUUCCUGGAGCCAUGCUAGAAACAAUUCCAAUGGGCUACUCCAUGACUGCCUCCUGGAGUCCCGGCAAUGUGGCCGCACUGUUAGCCGGGCUUGCCUCUUAGGGAGGAGCAUGUGAAAAAUGCCAGACAAGCUGACUUCUAUGUACAAGUCAACAAGCAUUCGAGAAGUCCUUUAUGCCUCAGAUUUUGACAUUUAAAAAAUUUUUCGGAGUACCAACUACAUAUUUGAUUGGGGGGUGAGGGAGUUGGUGAGCAGGACAGGGAUUGGACCCAAAAUUCGAACUAAGUGGAUGGGCAAGACUUCCCACCCCACUCAGUUGGUGUGCUUCUCUGGGAAAUGUAUUAUCCCAGCUCCCUGUCAACCACUCCUGAGUUGCUUAAGGAGCAAAUAGUAAGUAUGUAGAAAUGAAAAAGAUGACCUCAAAGAUUUAAAUUAUUUUUAGAUAUUUUCUUUGUAAACUCAGGAAUAAGCCUGGUUUGUGAAAAGCAUAAUAUGGCUACUACAGCUGUAAUUUAUGGGUAACUAGAUACAUCCUUUCAAAUAUGUUUCAUUUAAACACCUACUUUGUUGUAACUGGGAAAAGAAACUCCUCAUAAAAAAAAAAAGCCAACAAAAAGACUUCACUAAAAGAGUGUGUCAUCAACCUAUCAUCCGCCCCAGAGUGCUUGUUUCUUGCCUAUAGUAUAGUUUUUCAACAAUUUUUAUGGGAGAAAAAAAUGCAUUUUUUUCUUGGAAAAGUGAAUUAAGGUAUUGAAUUAAAUUCUCAGAGAGGACAACUUAAAAGAGAAGCAUUGGAUUUAGAGAUGAGCUCACAGCUCUGUGGUCCCUGUUCCAGCAUUGACUUUAUCGUGUGACCUUGAACAAAUGAUUUAACUACUCUGUGCCUCAGUUUCUCCAUGUGCAAAAUGGGGAUAAUGAUACCAACCAUUGCCUACCUCAUAUGGAUGUUAUGGGGACAAAUAAGAUAAUAUAAAUACAAAUGCUUUAUCUCUGGAAGAAAGGUGCUAUAUAAAUUAAAGUUGUGUUGUUUUUAAUGAUCCAGUUAUUAUGUUUAGGGUUUAAAUAAUAGCAAUACUGUUAGUCAUCUUAAGAAUAAGUUUCCAUUUAACACAUAAUUACAAUUCUCUUCUGUGGCCAAAUCUUGAUCAUUCAUCCAGUAUUGGUACGUAAGGAACUGAAAUGGGUAUUUGUUUUCUGUGUAUUUCUGCCCAUAGUAUUUCUAUUCUGAAUGUUCCCAAAAGGUUGGAGUUUAACUUGUAAUAUCUUAUAGUUUACAUGUAAUGAACCUUAAUCAUGCUGUGUAUAAAAGUAUAAUUACAUGUAAAUAGCAGGUACAUUGUAAUUAAAGGCACUUAUCAAAUUGUCUUUGUUCUUUUUAAAUUGCAAUAAAAGUCAGUUUUAUAUAAAA